CCCCGACUUUAUCGGAUUCUUCUUAUUAAUGCUGUUUUAGGGUUUGUUUAUGCUGAUAAACAAUGAAAUUAGCUUAUAAGUAUCUUAUUAGGCUUAUUACAUUAUGCACUGAUAAGUUGUCUACGUAUAAUACGUAACUACCUAUACAAUCAGUAUGCCGACGUUCCUGACGCCGGGCCGGCACGGGUACGCCGUCCGGUUCUCUCGAACGCGGCCGGACGCGCUGGCGGUGGCCACUAGUCAAUAUUACGGGCUGGCUGGCGGAGGCACCCUUUUCUUUUUGGAACUUGCUCCCGAUGGGGCUACGAUAGUAGAAGUACAGAAAUUGGAAUGGAACGACGGGCUAUUUGAUGUGACAUGGUCAGGCACGACAGACGGCGCGGCAGCGUGCGGGGCGGGGGACGGGGCCGUCAUAGUGUUCAGGGUGGGGUGUGCGGCGCCUCUACGGGUACUACGGGCACAUACAAGUGAAGUGUGCUCUGUGGACUGGCCGAGGGCGCAUCUACUCACUGCCAGCUGGGAUACUACUGUUAAACUGUGGGACCCCGAAUCAGAGACUUGCAUAAGUACAUUCUCCGGCCACUCUGCGCUGGUGUACACGGCCACGUUUUCGCCGCAUUCGCCAGCUACCUUCGCUUCUGUGUCUGGCGAUGGUCACCUCAAGCUAUGGUCGUGUACGGACCCUUCUCCCAAAGCUGUGGUAAAGGCGCAUGAUGCUGAGGUGUUAUCGUGCGACUGGAGCAGGAUAGAGUCGCACGCGAUUGCUACCGCGGGAUCCGAUGGACUGAUUAGGGGCUGGGAUCUUAGGAGGCUUACAUCUCCCAUGUUUACUUUAAAAGGAUGCGAGUGCGCCGUGCGGCGCGUGCAGUUCUCCCCGCACGCGCCGUCCGUCGUGGCGGGCGCGUCCUACGACUUCACCACGAGGAUAUGGGAUUUAAAGAGAGGUUGUGACCCCUUGGAAACGAUCCGGCACCACUCGGAGUUCACGUACGGGCUGGACUGGAGCCCGCUGCGGCCGCACCAGGUGGCCGACUGCGGCUGGGACUCGCUCGUGCACGUGUUCACGCCGCGCUGCCUCAAGUGAGAUGAGAAGGACUAGUCAAUAUAAAGAGACAUUGCUGGAAGGGACGCUUCAAUGCCAACAAGGUAGCUGAAAACGUAUGGAUGGUAUUGAUGGUAGGCAGACACCGUAGCCUAUGAAUGACUGCAACUACAGAGGUGUCACACGCCCGUCGUUAACCCUUUAUAUAAUAAUCAUUCACUAAGAUAAAUGCAGGUCCUUUAAAAUGAACAUCAUUAUAAGAGACCAUUUUUAAACUGCACGCCGCUCUACAACACAAUAUGUGAGCAGUCGCUUUCUUAAAAACUAGUUCCUCCGCCGAUUAACAGUUGCCAAUAUUUAUUGAUUAGGACCCUAGGGGGCCUAGCCAAGAUGCCAAUCGUUUGCGCCGUAGGGAACGAAACGGCAAGAAAGCUGCCCCUUAGUUCGAAAAGGGGUUAUAUGAGGAGAUGCUGCUCCAGAUUCCAAAUUACAUUCCAUUGUGCCAAGUUUUCGACAUAUGCACGGAAAGUACUCAUUCCCGCACGCGUGCGGGAAAGUAGCACCAUUAUGUACUGUAAAAACUGUUAUAAUAUAAAUUGACUGAAGUGUAAGCUAUGAUUUCAUAUCCCAAAUACUUUUACUCUCAUUAGUCUCAUUACCCAAUCUGCCUAAUCAAAAUGGCAUUUUAGUUGACAGAUUGGGAAGUAGAUUGGCCAAUCAAAAUGCCAAUUUAGUACUUAAAUGGAUUUUGGGGUAUAAAAACAGAGCUUGGUUAAACUAUAAAAAAUAUUCACAAUUAUUUAAUAGAAAUGUAAGGUGAUUGUU